AUGUGUAUCACUAUUGCUACCACAGAUCAUCCAGACUACCCCUUCAUUCUCCUCUCUAAUAGGGACGAGUUUUUCCGAAGACCAACAGCGCCAGCCCAAUUUAGGCAGAUUAACGACCACGAAAAAUUGUUGGCUCCUCUAGACUUAGCCAGACAUGAACAUGGCACAUGGAUCGGAGUGACAACUACAGGGAAGAUUGCAGUAUUGGUAAACUAUCGUGAUAUGGAUACGGAAAGUACUAUGAAACAAGUAUCGAGAGGAGUGCUACCCUUGAGUUAUUUAGAAACAACAAAAUCUGAUGAUGAAUGGAGAGACAGCUUUUCUAUGGAGAUGCAGAAUGGCAACGCUACUCUUGACUUGAAGAAUAUAGGUGGGUUUACGUUGUUGUAUGGCUCAUUGCGAGUUAACCCUGAAGAUGGUGUGGAUCAUUUGAACAUUUUGAGUAAUAAGGGCCAUCAUGGGAGAGUGUUCGAAAAGAGUGUGCAACAGUCGGGGGGCCUCAACAGUAUUUCAACAAAGUCCACGUUUGGUAUGUCAAACUCCUUAUACAACGAUCCUUGGAAGAAGGUUGAACUUGGUGAAAGAAUGCUUAAGGAGCUCAUUUCAGCAUCAGUUGAGUCGUCCCUAACUCAAGAUCAACUAGUUGAAGAGUGCUUCAAAUUGUUAAGUCAUGAUACAUACGACAGAGCUAUCAUGAAACAACAUGAUUUUGAUGUCAAGGUGUUGGCGUUAAGAAAUUCGAUAUUCAUACCACCAUUAAAGCGCGAAGGUGCAGAGAGUCAUUUGGCAUCGAUUGGCGAAUACUACGGCACAAGAACCCAAACUAUUAUUUUAGUAGACAGGUUGGGAAAUUUAAACUACUAUGAACGAAAUUUGCAUUCGUCUGAUGUCCCUGAAGUGGAUAGUCCAUUAAUUACAUCGAGGUACUCGUUUAAUAUAUAUGGUAACUAA